GGCUAAUCAGAUGAUGACGUUUUCGCUACGACGUCAAAACCAUGGCACACUUCCUGAUUUAUUUCCACCGCCUUCUGCACCUGUCAGAGUGAGGUUAUUCCUAAAAAAAUUAUUGUGUGAAAAUUCUAUGAAAGCGGCCGCGUCUGCGCCUUCCUCUUGGCAAUGAUCAUCUCCACGUGUGUGACGCAUCAUGUGGUGAUUCGAGUCCAAGGUUACAAAAUUGGCCAAAACCGCCGGUUCACCUCGUUAUGAAUUAAACCGCGUCCAACAGUCUCACUACACUGUCUGUGAUCUUAGUGCACUAGUGACAUGUCAGUAUUAACAAAAUUCGUGGCUUUCACCAACCGCCACCCAGUGGUUAGGGGGAUGAUCUCCUAUGCCACCAUCUGGCCCACCUCUUGCAUCAUCCAACAAACCAUGGCAGGGAAAACCCCAGAAAAUUACGACUGGAUGCAAGUCCUACGAUUCGGUUUGUACGGAGGGUUGUUCACCGCACCAACACUGUACGCGUGGAUAAGGAUUUCGACCAUGAUUUGGCCCAAAACGAACUUGAAGACAGCCGUCAUAAAGGCUGUUAUAGAACAAAUGACGUACGGACCGGCCGCACUGGGGUGUUUUUUCUUUGGAAUGAGCUUACUGGAAGGAAAGGGCAUCGAGGGAGCCAAAAAGGAAGUGGAGAUGAAGUUCUUGCCAUCAUAUAAAGUCGGAAUUUGCGUUUGGCCGUUUUUACAAACGAUAAAUUUCUGUUUUGUACCUGAGAGGAAUAGGGUUCCGUACACUAGUGCCUGUAGUCUCGUUUGGUGUUGUUUUCUGGCCUACAUGCACCAACUACAAAUCAAAAAACAGGCAGAAUUGUCGCUUGGUGGUCAGCUUUUGCCGCAAUGACGCUAGUCCUAGUUCAAAUAUUGUAGAUCUUGGGAUUUUUGUGAUUAAUCUGUGGUAUUUUUUAUUGAUAUGUGUAGAAUGAGACGCAACAGGGUAUCUGAUUAGCUGUGUUAUUUAUUUGUAUAAAUCGAUGUUAAUUUUGUUGUUAAUUUUAUUUAUUGCAUAAAUCCGUUUUUAUA